UAUAUAUAGAUUUAUCGUGGUAGCAGCCUAGGCCUGACGUCGCCCUAAUAUGGUGACUUACCCAUUGCCUAGUAUGGCCAAGCCGUCAUCAUAACGCUAUGCUUAACAUGAUUUCGUGCACUACCGGUUCGCUACCAUGCUAUUCACCAUCCCUGUCAUAAAUGAAUGGCCCCUUGUGACGAUUUUUCGCUCCUUUUCAGCCUAGUGUGUCUCACAAUACUGUUAAAUAAGUUAUAACGCAGUUAGGUCCGAAACUCCCGCUCCCGCGGUUUUGUUCUACGGGGGUGAAGCCACGUCACCGCCUUUUUCUGCCCUUAACAACUUGGUGGGUUGAGAAAACGGCCCAAGCUUAGUACGGUCAUAACGUUAUGUUUAACCCGAAAGGGAAAGGCGCAUCGAAGAAGUAAGGAGUCAAAGUUCAAAUUUCAGCCCUUUCAUCGUCUUCAUAUGAUCCUUAUCAUGCAAGCACUCACUUGAACUUCGCCUUUCGCAGAUUAUUUGACAUAACGAGAAGCAUAAUGUCAUCCCGACAAAUCUCUGUUCCGCAUGGCCCGGACCGUCAGCGAAUUCUCAACGUGCUCGCCCAGCGGAGAUACCGUAAAGAAUCCAUGCAUAUCACUUACCAUCACAUACUCACACUAUUCAGGUCAGCGUAAGCGGGAGCGGCUGCACUCUCUGGAAAGGAGACUUGACGCCAGACGGGUCACUACGAACGCUAUGUCCGCUUCCGGUGGAGAAAUACAGCCUCAGCACCUAAUGCAACCUCCGCUUCCGAGGCCAGACAACUCUGGCACGCCCAAUGACCUCCUCUAUGGUCUGCAUCCAGAUUCCAUGAUUGGAGCUUCUAACGCGUCCUGUAUGUACCUCGCGUCGCCGUAUGAGUCGGCGUGUAAUACCUCGUCGGAAAUUUCAUCACUGUAUGUGAACGAUCAGUUCGGAAUCAACAACCCUCUGCCUUAUGGUAUGGCCCCUGGCAAUUCCAAAGUCGCCCCUCCUGCUGUAGUUAUGCUUACUGAAUUGGUUUAUAGGCAGUACGUCUCAGAGCGCUACGCCAACGGCUGAUUCCCAGUUAUCAGCAGAACUUCAAGAUUUGGAAACUUCCCAGUUCACAUUCCUAUCGGAGCAUGCAAUUGAAAUCCCAAAUCUCAAGACUUUGGAGGUCUCUCUCAGGAUUGCACACAUGCUUGGGCUUGCGGAUGACUUGGUAGACCUCACUAUAAACCGGGUCCUAGAUGUGUCGAGAAUUUCCGUCCCCUUGGGAGACUUGCCCGGAAACUUACAUCCAACGGCAGCACAGCUCAUGUUGCCACAUUAUCCAGUGAUAGACGUUCUUCCCUGGCCAUCGGUACGGACAAAACUCAUUUUUCUUUUCAGUCAGCCUGACCAGCUUAGACCGCCAAUCGCGAGAGGCUCCACGGCUAUUAUGCUGCUAAUGCAUGCUCUUGAUGACGAGUCAGAGGGACUCCGCGUUACCUUAGAUACAAAUGGACAUGGAUAUGAUGGAAAUAGCUGGGAAGUUGGACAGGCCAUCUUCAAAGACUGGUGGUGGGCACUGGAUCAUGAGAUCGUCUCUAAUUCAAACCGACUAAGGUCCAUAAGAGGGGCCCCCAAAUUGCAGCUGCCAAUACCAUGACAAGAACACUGGUAGGAAAACUAUCAUAACCGGUGCUAUUUUAUAUGGCACUUAUUAGCCGAGAUACCGAUUUAUUGGGAGAGGAGUUGGAGGCAAGGGAGUGCAUAAUCGCUGAAACCCUUACAUGGGCGGUCAAACUUUAGUCCACAUUCAGGUUGUACAGCAGAUUAUUCGAUAUCACUCCUUCUCAAUAUUAACUUUGAUCUAUAUGUUACGCCGCUACAAUCUCAAAUCAUAUAGAAGCGAUCUAAGUAUUGAUAGA